AUGGCUCCUCGGGCUGAUCAGGCCCGUCCGCCUCCGAUUUUCUCUGAGCAAGACAUGAGAACUCCUGAGUCUGACUACUAUAAAUCGAUUUUACCGUACCUCCACUACCCAGCCUUUGCUCCUCGACCCGAGGAAUCUGACAUCUACGUUUUCGAUACUACGCCAGAGGCCAAAGCUUAUUCGUUUACCAACAGCGAGUUAUUUGAGUCUCACAUCGCAAAUGCGCCGAAGCCAGAUGCCCGCGUAGUGUCAAUAUGCUGCCGAAAUUCUCUCCGGCCUUUGGGCAUCACCGAACACGCCCUAAUCAACCUCAUGAGCCAGUAUGACAUUGAUUCUUCUUUCUUCGAGUUGGCUCUUUCAUUCGGCUACCCGCCACAGAACUCGGAGGCUGGCUUUGGAGGCAUGACUGUGAAACAGAGACACAACGGCGCAUAUGAUAUGCAUUAUCUCUUCACUUAUGCAGAAGAUGACAACAAAGGGGGUACGACCACAUGGAAAAUCCGCCAAGUCUGUGUCUUCCAACGAUACGACCCAUCAAAAUCGGAAAAUCUCUGGAUCUUGCUUCAUGCGAGGCCCCAAUCGAAGAUCCAACAACAAAUUAAACAUACGCUAUCAACAAACCCUGCCCUUCUUCUCGGAUCGUGGGCGUCGAUGCACAUACUAGUUUUGUCCACCUACCUAGGCGGUUGGCGUUGGUGCAUUCGAAAUUUGGGAGACGAUAUUAUAAAGACUUCGGAUAUCGUACUUUUUCUAGAUCCAUUGGACCCCAAGACAGAGAACCACAAGGGUGGACGCUUCCACCUCCUCAAACAGCAGUACCUCGAUGAUAAACUGGUUUCACUUGCUGCUCGACUAGGUGUUGCUCUGACAACAUUACGCCAGCUAGAGAAGCUUAACUCAUCCUUCCACUCUAAGGGAUUCUCAAACGAUGAGGAAUUCCAUUCUGCAACUGGUGAUCUAAUGUACUAUACAACUACUCUUGAAGGGCACCUUGAAAGUGUCAAGGUGUUGGAACGAAAGGUUUCCAGCAUAGCAGAUCUACUGGCAGUUGUCCUAACAGUGGAGAACCAAGCCGUGAGCAUAGGCAUCAACAACAAAAUGCUCGGGGUCAAUAAUGAAUUGGUGAAACUCACCAACAAAUCAUUGGAUGAGAACGCCACUGUUCGCAUAAUAACGUUGAUGACCUUGAUAUACCUACCAGCCAGCUUUGUAGCCUUGGAUCCUGGUAUUGGCUCGAUUAUCGACGGAGGCACUUUAAUCAAGCGCGGAUAG